AGCAUUUGAUCCUUCUCCUUCACCGCCACAGUAAUUGCUACAACCACCGCCUCCUCCUCUACUGUAAAGGUAUGACCCUUAUUUAAAAUCAUGGCCUCCAAACCAACCACCACCACGCCGGUUCCUACCACCACCAAAAGAGGAACGCGAGGCAUAUCGUGUGAGCCAUUCAGGGACUUCCUGGUAAGCUUCUUGCAUCAGCUCAGCGAGGGCGGUCUUGCCAUGGAAGUGUUGCCAUCGUUAAAGAAGGCAGUUGCAAGUCCUGAUUUGUCAGCACGUCCUGUCCGCCCAAUACGGUGGACAUAGUCAUCAAUGUCAUUUGGUAGAUCAAAGUUCACAACAUGAGCCACGUGGUGAAUGUCGAGACUCACGUGCUGCUACGUCUGUUGCAACCAGAAUCGGUGUUCUUCCGCUCUUGAAUCGGUGUCCUUCCAAAACACUAGUAUUGCAAUAUUACUUGAAUUUGUGUUAAAAAAUUCGAAUUUUAUAAUAUUCUUAAGUUUUAGACAAUUUAUAAAAAAGUCUUUGAAUAUUUUAUUUAUUUUUAGAAAGUUUAAAAUUUAAUACUUGAACAUGUGAAAGAUUUUUCUUUUAAAAUAUGAUUUUAGAAAAAAAAUAUAUUAUCUAAUUUUUAUUUAUUUUAUUAUUAAAAACUGACAUGUCACUACAUAUAACAUGUAAAUGAAUAGUCAUCUUGCGGUCGACAUUGAAAGAUUCAUGUUCUAAGAUUUAGUUACAAUUUGAUGAACAAAUAAGUUAAGUUUAAAGUUUUUUGCGAUACAAAUGUUAGGUUGAAAGUUUAAAAUGCUAAUGAAAAACUUUAAAAGUUUAAAGUGUUAAUGAAUACCACUUUGAGGGUUUUUAUGCAAUUUUAUGCAAUUUUCUCAAUUUUUAAGUUACCCAUCUAGGUACAAAAAUAUUUUAAACCAUUUUGUCCAAGAUUCGUGAUUUCUUUGAGCCGGUCCUGAUGGCUUGGCUCUGAUGUACCAGAAAAUCGAUGCACCACGCUAAUAUUUUGUACAAAAAAAAAUCAAUGUUAUAUAGCAUUCAAUGAAACGAUUUAACCCAUUUUGUAAAUCCUAAUUGAAAAAACUAAUCUUGCACCCGGUGACCGUUAUAUAUGCAACUUUGUGAAAAUAUGGUUUGUAGUUUUUAUUUAAGCUAUUACACCAUGUCUGUUUAGAAGUUCCUAGUGGAUAGGAUAUCUCUGAAAGUGACGUUAAUUAAUUGUUAUUUAUGUAAUGGUAUGCCUUUUAAAAUUACAAAAAUUGGUUUUAGUAGAUAAAUAUGUUGUUUAAAGGAAAAUAAAUAUAAUGGUAUGCCUUUUGAAAUUACAAAUAUGACGUUAAUUAAUUGUUAUUUAUGUAAUGGAACCCCAUGAAAUACCAUAAACCAUAUAUCACUCUAUAAGUGUGAUAGGCUUGCCAUCAUAUACGUUAUAUUUUUAUAUCUAUAUUUUGAAAACUUUUUAGGCUUGCCAUCAUAUACGUUUUUUUUUUUUGGGGUAGAUUUACUAACAUGUUGGCCGACGUAUACUUUUGUUUUUAUCACAACAAAGGUGGUACACGUGAAGUAACGAUAACGACCCACAACUCCGAUUUCUUUGUGUUUAAUUUUGCAAAAAAUAAAAGCAGAAAUGCUAACAUGUAUAUCACCACAAGUUUUGAUGGCCGACCUGUUUUUUCAAUAGUUAAAGAAAAUAACAUCAAUGCAUUAUAAAAAAAUUCUACGAUGCCACGUGAUUUGGAUUGCAGUUGGUCUAGUAUCUAUAAAACUAUGAUACUAUUGGAGAAUAGAUUAUUACUCAUCUCACUCUUGUUCCUAUUAAAACUCCUCCUUUGAUUUCUUUUGCUCGCUUUUGACUCUUUAAAGAGAACUUUCAUGGCUAUGUCACUCUCAGGAUCAGCUGUUCUCAUUGGGAUUGGUUCUUCUUUCUCCAGCGGCAUAGCCAAGCAGAGCGGCGUUGGCGCCGUCGGUUUUGGCCGGAAAACUGAGCUCGUCGUCGUCGCUCAGCGCAAGAAGUCGUUGAUCUACGCCGAUAAAGGUGACGGCAACAUUCUGGAUGACCUCAAUGAAGCCACAAAGAGAGCUUCGGAUUACGCGACGGAGAAGACAAAGGAGGCGUUGAAAAAUGGCGAGAAAGCAAAAGACUACGUUGUUGAUAAGAACGUUGAAGCCAAAGACACUGCAGUGGAUGAAGCUCAGAAAGCUUUGGAUUAUGUGAAGGCAAAAGGAAACGAAGCUGGGAACAAAGUUGCCGAGUUUGUUGAGGGUAAAGCAGGAGAGGCUAAGGACGCCACAAAAGCAUGAUGCUUCAACCACUUAACUCCUAGAUAUAUAUAUAUAUGUAUAUCUAGAUUAUCCUUGUUGUCUCAUGUUUAUUAUUUUACAAUAAGAUCAGUUUGUUUAAAACUUCUAUUUCACUAGUUGAAAUAAAGAUAUGUUACUUAACUACUCAUCAUUAUAUCUUGAUGAUGUCUUCAAAGUAUAUCAAUGAGAAACUUAAUAAAAGAGAACUUUUAUGGA